AUGGUGCAUGCUGCAUCUGAGCCAGACGUAUUCACCGGCCUUGCAGUGAAGCUCAGACAGCAGAGCCAGGUCUCAGCAUGGGGCUCGUCAGUACGUUGCCUUCUCAACUCGAAGUCGAACCGUUUCCACACUGACAGUUCCGCAGCCGAUUACAUUUCCCGCAUCCGUGGCUCCCCUCGACUCCUGGGCCUGCCACCCUACCUCUCUGCGCUCUGCAUGCUGGGUGGCAUAAUAUGGAUCCUGCUCCUACCUCAACAGCAGUACUCCCGCCAAACCUACAUCUCCGAGAACGCCCUGCUUCCGGGUCAGGUACACACCUACUUCGGCGGCUCAGAACAGAACAUUUUCCGCGCGUACAAGCAUGAAGUGGCACGCAUGAUUGUCCAACCAUGGCAGACCCUGGAGAACGGCACCAAGAUCUACUAUCCGCUCAAGGCCACCGACGACGAUCGCCGGGCCAAAUUCCAAGAGCUGUUCAGAAAUGCCGGCCUCAAGACUGCGACGCAGCUAUACCUGUACGAGUCGUCCGGCGAGGUGUACAGUGGAGAGAACGUAUAUGGCGUCUUACACGCCCCUCGGGGUGAUGGGACGGAAGCUAUCGUCCUGAUGGCUGCCAUCCGCAACAUCAAGGGUGAAUUGAAUCUCAACGGCGUCACACUUCUGAUCUCCCUGGCUCGAUACUUCAAGCGCUGGUCGCUCUGGUCCAAAGAUAUCAUUUUCAUUAUCACUCCGGAGUCUAAGGCUGGACCGCAGGCGUGGGUAGAUGCGUACUUCAGCCAGCACGACCCACAGCGGGUUGCAGACCUGCCGCUCAAGUCUGGCGCGCUGCAAGGCGCUGUUGGUAUCGACUUCCCGUUCGAGCAUCGGUUCGAAAGUUUUUCGGUCGCUUAUGAUGGUGUCAAUGGUCAACUGCCAAACUUGGAUCUGUUCAACACCGCCGUCAGCAUCGCGAGUGGGCAGAUGGGUAUCGGCGCCAGCAUCCAGGGACAAGAGCAGUGGGCACGAAAGGAGCACUACAGCGAGUGGAAGAACCGAGUGCGUGUCUUGGGCUGCGGCAUGGUCAGUCAGGCUGUUGGGCAGUCGACCGGCCCUCACUCGGUUUUCAUGCCAUAUCAUAUCGACGCUGUCACGUUGACGGCUAUCGGUGACGGCUGGCAGGAUGAGAUGGCCUUUGGUCGGACCAUUGAGAGCAUCACACGAAGUCUGAACAAUCUCCUGGAGAAGCUGCACCAGAGCUUCUUCUUCUAUCUGCUCAUGCAAAGCAACCGUUUUGUAUCCAUUGGCACUUACUUACCGAGUGCCAUGGCAGUUGCCGCGGCGUAUACCGUGAUGGCUAUCUACUUGUGGGUUCUGAGUGGUUACCACAUCGUGGAGAGGGCGCCAGGUGAAGUCAGGCAGCCCGCAAAUGGGAAGCUUACCAACGACCGAUCUCUUGACAAGACGCCGGCAAACGCGAAAACAGUCGACACCACCGGAAGCCAGCCCCUAACUACGCCGAAAGGGCAGUUCAUUCCGAUCGAACGCCACCUCACACUACCUAUAUCGCUACUCACCGCAGUCCACCUCUUCUCCCUCAUCCCGCUCUAUUCUCUCACACACUGCACCACCGAAACCCUCACGCCAGUUCUUAGUCUCGUGGGCUUUGGAUCCCUCCUUGCGCCCGCCGCCAUUGCUGGAAUGCUCAAAGACCUACCUCUCCACAAUGUCACGCUGUCCGCGUUCAGCAAGCCAACGCCGCAGCAAUACACCGUGCUGAAGAGUCUCAGCCUGCUGGUGCUCGGUCUCUUUCUGACUGUCCUGGCAACUCUCAACUUCUCGCUUUCGAUGUUUCUCGGCCUCGUAUCGGCGCCGAUAGCUUUUGUCGAUCGAACGCCUGGGCAGCCAUUGGUCGCCACGCUGCAGUACCUGCUGUUACUGGUAUUUUCACCGGUCGCAGUUGCUGGUGCCUUGGCGAUGUAUGCAUCGUUGGCAUUGGGCCAGGAGGCAGCUUUAGGUUCGUGGUUGGCCAAGUUUGCCUUUGGCUGGAAUGUAUGGGGCAGUUGGGGAGUGCCGCUGGGUGUGAUGUGUAUCUGGUGGCCUGCGUGGAUGGUUGCCGCUAUUGUGGUGGCAAGCAGCUGGUUUCCUAGCGCGGAUGUACCUGUUCAGGCUACUAUUGACGGACCAGCGAAGGAGCCGUCGUCGUAA